AUGGACGAAGCCCUUCUGAGGAAGGUUUGCGAGUUUUUGAAAAAGCAAAAGGAUAACGAAGCAGUUUUUCAAACGUUUUGGGAAGGGACAAAGGAGUACUAUCCAAGCGAUUUUUCCAAGAAGAAAGUCGAAGCAUUGCUUAAAGAGCACCCUGAAUGUUUUGAAAUUAUCAAAAGUGAAACUGGAAAUCCUUUCGGUAAGAUAAAAUUAAAAAUAGAAGCAUCUAACUAUGUUUUGCCAAGCACAACUAGAGCGGAAGACUUUGAAAUUGCACAAAAAUUGAUCGAAUCUAUUGAUAAUAGAGAAGAAAAUGGCCAUUUGUUUGCGAAUAUUUGUAAAAAUAAAGCUCAGAUAUUUCCCGAGAAGUUACGAGAUAAGAAACAUAUCAGAAAGUGGUUGGCAGAGCAUGAAAAGUGGUUUAAAGGAGUGAAAGAUGCUACUGGUGGGCUUUUUUCAGUUGAAGUGCUGGGUAACGCGAGACAUUUAAUGAAAUCUGGGCUGCCAUUGCUACCAGUAUUAACGAGCGAAAGAAAAGAUAGCCGUGGCAAAACAGCGCCUCAGAAAGCAAAAGAUGACACUGAUUCAGUUGAUCUUUUGGAAAUGGCAGAUAAUAUUACGUUGAGAAUCUCUGGGAAACUUCAAAACGAAGGAGGGACAAUCCCAUUUGAGUCUCUGCUCAAAGCAAAGGAUGUAAUCUAUCCCUUAUGUGAGGAAGAAGCCUUAAUAUCCUUCUUGGCAGCUUUCCCUUUGAAAUUUGAGAUCAUUGAUUUAGAAGGGUUAGGUAAGUGGGUUCAUUUGAAAGGAACUAAAGAUGUCAGUGCUAACGAUGCCAGUGCUAACGAUGCCAUCAGUAAAGUAACAAGUUUUAUUUUUCAAAAUGGUGGAACCAUCCCAUUCACAAAUCUUGUUAAGCAAGCAGACACGCUGAUAGGUAAAACAGUCCAUGGUCCACAAAUAUUGUCAGCAUGGUUGAACACUAAAGCUAACAUUUUUGAGAUUGUCCCAAAACCAGACGAUCCCUCUAAACCAGGGCAAGUUAAAGUUAAACUCAGUUUUUUUCUACGUUUUUGCCAGCAUUACAUUACACAUGGUCAAUGUCCUAAGAACAAAUGUCAGUUUCUGCAUAUAUGCAAGGCUUUUGUAUGCCAACGUCCUCAUAAUAAUGAAGACUGCAAGCUGUCACAUGAUAUCCGAGAUGCACACAACAAAGUUAUUGUUGAUAAGAUGGGUGCCCUGAGCAAAGAAACUGAUGCAGUUGUCAUCAAUGUGCUCUUAGAGAGUUGCUUCCCCCAUGUUUGUCCCGAGUACAACAACAAAAAUGGUGCGUGUCCAAGGGGUGACAAAUGUCAUUUUUUACAUAUUUGUGGUGAUUAUGUCUUAAAUCAAUGUGGAAAUCCUUUCUGUCCAUUAAGUCAUGAUGUGGUUGAUGAUUUACAUAAUAUUAAUUUGUUGAAGAAGUAUGCUCUGCUCCCAUCUCAGAAAUUAUCAGUAGAACUUGUCAAGGCUAACAUUGCUUAUGUAAAAGGAAUGAAAUCACAGCCCAGUCAGAUUGCUAUCUCUGAGAAAACUUGUUUGGCUGCUGGUGACUUGGGCAAUAUCGCAGUUCCCACUUCAGGUCAAGCAAGGCCAUUAUUGAGCUUUGAAAAUAUUUGGACGUUUCUUACCCAGAAAGUUGAAAGUUGGAUGAGAAGUCCCACACAACAGGAAGCAGAACGUGGGUUUGGAAAUCCUGUCCAACGUAAACAGUCUGACUCUACAUUGAUUUCUAAGACUUCUCAUGUUAGCAAUCGGAGUUCCAUAGUUAGUUCUGAAAGUUCAGUUUGGCAUGAUGAUUUUACCCAGAAG